CUCUGCAGUGGUGGCGCCGUGACGCGUCGGGGCCCCCGACGGGAGCGCCGGGAACAGCCCGAGACCCUGCGGCGCACCCGAGAAGCGGCUGCAGCCGAGGGCGGGCGCAGCACCCCCUGCGCUCUUCCAUCGUCACUGGACUGUUUAUUUGACCACUUCUGCCUAUGCCCCCUGCAGCAGCACGGGCCCGACGGCGGACCCCCGCGCAGCGUCACUUUGCCUCACGGCGGCCGCGCCCCGCCCCUCGGCGCGCCUCGGGAGAGGCCACGCUCGCGAGGCUCACGGCGGGCGCAGGCCGGGGGCGGGGCGCAGAGGAGCGCGCGGCGGGGGGGGCGCGCCGGGAGGGCGGAUUUCCGCAGGGUGUGGGAGGAGGGAGGAACGAGCGUCGGAUCGGGCUGCACCGCAACGGAGUCGAGGUCAAACGGGACCUGCCGCGCCAGGCUGCACGGCAGCGCCAGCGCAGGCAUCGGGACGCCUGGCAUCGCUGGAGCAGCGAGAUCGCAGAUCGGAGCGGGCCAGCUGGCGGAUCAGCACCGCAUCGACCAGACCGGGUGAAGAUGGACGCCGCUGGGCCACCGCCCUCCGCGCCGGCCACCGCCGUGCGCGCCAGAGGAGGCGGGCCGUGGCCGGGGGGGGUCCUGCACUCGAAGCGCAGCGUGUGCCCCUCGGUCUGCCAGUAGCCGGUGACGACGGGCGCUGCCGCUGGCGCAGCCCCCGGGCUCCAGGCGGGCGUCGCACGCCCAGCCAUCGCUGCCGGGCGCGCAGGGCUGCAGCCGGUGGCCGCGCUUGCAGCGGGCGGCCUGCCG